AGGCACCAUGAAGUUUAACUCCACGAGCGCGACGGAGGAUCACGUACCAAUGCCGUUGGUUCGCCGCCCUCGUCACCGCUUUCUAGUUCCGGCCCAGGCUCUCGUUGCUCCCUUGCCGGCGCUCCGAGUCCAACGUUCCUGCCGCACCGAGCCGCUGCACCACUGGCUCCGUGGCACCCGAAAACAGGAUGCGUACACGUCCACCCAUACGAUCCAGGGAUGGCACGGUCCACGCCACCCCAUAGACGGCACGGCCGUACCUGCUCUGCGGCGCCCUACUUUCUGGCUCUGACCCGGAGCCGGAGGCGGCAGGUUGCUCCGGCGUCCUCCGCGCGCACGCAAGCCACCAGCCGGCCGCAGCUCGCAGGUGGAGCAACUGUCCCGCCGGUCCUCGGAGGAGGCAGCCCAGUCACCGUGCCACCCGUCCUCGGCACCCCUUUCCCCUUGCCACCGGUCCUCGGUGGAGGCAGCCCAGUCACCGUGCCACCCGUCCUCGGCAUCCCUUUCCCCUUGCCACCGGUCCUCGGUGGAGGCAGCCCGAAGGUGCGCCACGGAGGCCGGAAGGCGUACCCGCCGCCUCCGUCGCCCCCGACGCCCACGCCCUCGCCGCCCUCGGACACGUGCCCCAUGGACGCGCUGAAGCUCGGCGCGUGCGUGGACCUCCUCGGGAACGAGGUGCACAUCGGCGAUGCCAACGUGCAGUGCUGCCCGCUCGUGAAGGGCGUCGCCGGCCUGUCAGCGGCCGCGUGCUUGUGCACCGCCAUCAAGGCCAAGGUGCUCGACCUCUCCGUGUACGUGCCCAUCGCGCUCGAGGUGCUCGUCAACUGCGGAUGUGCCGUCCCGCCGGGCUACACCUGCGCUUAAUCGAGUCCAUCCAUUUGCCUCCUUUUCCCUCUCGAGUACAAAAAUUUGUAAGGCCCUUCGAUGGAUUUGGGUGGUGAAGCCACUCGCUUCCGGUUUGUUCAGUUAGUACAUUGUUAAUUUUACCCAUUUGCUAUUCUUGUUGCAUGUUUGUAUAUGAGUGUAGUACCUCCUGAACUGUCAUUGUACGUUGUGUAUAUUGUAUCAAACUAUAUUUUU